GGCCGGGAGAGCGACUAGCGGGCGGCGCGCGGGCGGGGACCCGGCCGGGACCGGCGGCGCGCGGCAGCGGAGGCCCAGCUGCAGGAGCGCCUGGACCGGACGGGACCUGGAAGGCAUGCAGAGGCUCGGCAGCGGUGGUGGGCAGGAUGAGUGUGCUCGAGGCCGAGGCGGGUGGCGGGGUGGGUGCGGGCGGCGCCUUCCACCUGCACAUCUACCUGCGGCUGUCCUCGUCCUCGCCCCCUGGGAGCUGGACCCCAUGCCGCGUGACAGCCAGCAGGGACAGCACGGCAUCCGAGGUCAUCCGGGCGGUGGUGGCCAGCCUGCAUCUGGACGGCUCGAGGCGGUACGCACUGGUGGAGGUGCGGGCGAGUGGUGGAGAGGAGUGGGUGCUGGACGCCACCGACGCCCCAGCCCACCGAGUGCUUUUAUGGCCACGCUGUGCACAGGACGAUCACCCGUGGGAGGAUGGCUUCUUCUUCCUGCUGCAGGAGCGUGGGCCCGAUGGUGCUGUUCAGUACACAGGCCCGGGGACCCCGGGGGCCCCAGUGGGCCCUGCUCGGCGGCUGGUAGAGCGAGGGCUGCUGCCCCGGCCGCAGGCCGACUUUGAUGACCUGUGUGAUCUGCCCAAACUGACAGAGGGCGCCCUCCUGGAGACCCUGCGGCGUCGCUUCUUGCAGCACAAGAUCUAUACCUAUGCGGGCAGCAUCCUGCUGGCCGUCAACCCCUUCCGCUUCCUGCCCAUCUACAACCCCAAGUACGUGAAGAUGUAUGAGAACCAGCAGCUGGGCAAGCUGGAGCCACACGUGUUUGCGCUGGCUGACGUGGCCUACCAUACCAUGCUGCGCAAGCGUGUGAACCAGUGUAUCGUCAUCUCGGGUGAGAGCGGCUCAGGCAAGACCCAGAGCACCAACUUCCUCAUCCACUGCCUCACCGCCUUCAGCCAGAAGGGCUAUGCCAGUGGCGUGGAAAGGACCAUCCUGGGCGCAGGGCCCGUGUUGGAGGCCUUUGGGAACGCCAAGACAGCCCACAACAACAACUCCAGCAGGUUUGGGAAAUUCAUCCAAGUCAACUACCUAGAGAGCGGCAUUGUGAGAGGGGCUGUCGUGGAAAAAUACCUGCUUGAAAAGUCCCGCCUGGUCUCCCAGGAGAAGGAUGAGAGGAACUACCACGUGUUCUAUUAUUUGUUACUUGGAGUCAGUGAGGAAGAGCGCCAGGAAUUUCAGCUCAAACAGCCUGAAGAUUAUUUCUACCUCAACCAGCAUAACUUGAAGAUCGAGGACGGAGAAGACCUGAAGCAUGACUUUGAAAGACUCAAGCAGGCCAUGGAGAUGGUGGGAUUCCUCCCUGCCACCAAGAAGCAGAUCUUCGCCGUGCUCUCAGCCAUUCUGUACCUGGGAAACGUCACCUACAAGAAGAGAGCCACAGGCCGUGAUGAAGGCCUGGACGUGGGGCCCCCUGAGGUGCUAGACACGCUGUCCCAGCUUCUGAAGGUGAAACGAGAAAUCCUGGUGGAGGUUCUGACCAAAAGAAAAGCAGUGACAGUCAAUGACAAGCUCAUCCUGCCCUACAGCCUCAGUGAGGCCAUCACGGCCCGGGACUCCAUGGCCAAGUCUCUCUACAGCGCCCUGUUUGACUGGAUUGUGCUGCGCAUCAACCAUGCCCUCCUCAAUAAGAAGGAUAUGGAAGAAGCUGUCUCGUGCUUGUCCAUCGGGGUCCUGGACAUUUUUGGCUUUGAAGACUUUGAGCGGAACAGCUUUGAGCAGUUCUGCAUCAACUACGCCAACGAGCAGCUCCAGUAUUACUUUAAUCAGCACAUUUUCAAGCUAGAGCAGGAGGAAUACCAGAGCGAGGGGAUCACCUGGCACAACAUUGACUACACCGACAAUGUGGGAUGCAUCCACCUCAUUAGCAAGAAGCCCACCGGACUCUUCUACUUGCUGGAUGAAGAGAGCAACUUCCCCCACGCCACCAGCCACACACUGCUGGCCAAGUUCAAGCAGCAGCAUGAGGACAACAAGUACUUCCUGGGCACCCCAGUACUGGAGCCCGCCUUCAUCAUCCAGCACUUUGCGGGCAGAGUCAAGUACCAGAUCAAGGACUUUCGGGAGAAGAACAUGGACUACAUGAGACCGGACAUUGUGGCUCUCCUGCGAGGCAGCGACAGCUCUUACGUGCGCGAGCUCAUCGGGAUGGACCCUGUGGCUGUGUUCCGCUGGGCGGUGCUGCGCGCUGCCAUCCGGGCCAUGGCUGUGCUGCGGGAGGCAGGGCGCCUGCGUGCAGAGAGGGCUGAGAAGGCGGCAGCAGAUGCCAGCAGCCCAGGUCCCCAGGGCCAUGGAGAGCUGCCCAGAGGAGCCGGCACCCCAUCGGAGAAGCUCUACCGCUGUUCUAUGCUAGAUUUCUCAUUUGACUGCUCUGAGGAGUUCGAUAUGAACACUUUUGAUGACAUCAUUGCUUUCUGUGAAAGCAAGAAAGACAUGUAUAACCAAAUCAUCCAGAGCAUCAAAGGCCUGCCCUGGCAGGGCGAGGACCCCCGGAGGCUCCUCCAGUCCCUCAGCCGGCUCCAGAAACCACCCCGCACCUUCCUCCUGAAGAGUAAAGGUAUCAAACAAAAGCAAAUCAUUCCUAAGAACCUGCUGGACUCCAAGUCCCUGAAGCUCAUCAUCAGCAUGACACUGCACGACCGCACCACCAAGUCCCUGCUGCACCUGCACAAGAAGAAGAAGCCCCCCAGCAUCAGCGCCCAGUUCCAGACGUCCCUUAACAAGCUCCUGGAGACGCUGGGCCAGGCAGAGCCCUUCUUCAUCCGCUGCAUCCGCUCCAAUGCCGAGAAGAAAGAACUGUGCUUCGACGAUGAGCUGGUGCUGCAGCAGCUGCGCUACACCGGCAUGCUGGAGACCGUGCGCAUCCGGCGCUCCGGCUACAGCGCCAAGUACACCUUCCAGGACUUCACUGAGCAGUUCCAGGUUCUGCUGCCCAAGAACGCCCAGCCCUGCAGAGAGGUCAUCGCAGCCCUGCUGGAGAGGAUGGAGGUGGACAAGAGGAACUAUCAGAUCGGGAAGACAAAGGUCUUUCUGAAGGAGACAGAGCGGCAGGCACUGCAGGAGACACUGCACCGGGAAGUUCUGCGUAAGAUCCUGCUGCUGCAGAGCUGGUUCCGCACAGCGCUAGAGCGGCGCCGCUUCCUGCGGGCCCGGCAGGCCGCCCUGGUGCUGCAGGCACGCUGGCGUGCUCGCUGUGCCCACCGGGCACAAUCGCAGGCCCGGGCCGCGGUCAUCCUGCAGGCUGCCUGGCGGGGCUUCGUCCAGCACAGGGCUUUCCGCCAGCAACGGCAGGGAGUCAUCCGCCUGCAGAGCCUGUGCCGCGGCCACCUGCAGCGUCGCAGCUUUAGCCAGAUGAUCUUGGAGAAGAAGGCAGCAGAGGAGCAAGAGCGGGAGGCACGGGAGGCCGCCAUGGAGGGUGCCGCCGAGGAGCUGACAGGCCCUAUGGCCCAGCAGGACUCGGAGCAGCUGGCAGCAGAGGCCCCGGCCUGGCCAGGUGAGGAGGCAGCCAAGCCCCUGCCUCCUGAGAAGGACUUGGCAUCCCAGAGAAGCGUGGCUGCCGAGAGCCACGACAAAGUCCCCAGCAGCCGUGAGAAGCGGGAGUCCCGCCGGCAGCGAGGGCUGGAACAUGUGGAGCUCCAGAACAAACACAGCCAGCUCUGUAAGGAAGAGAGCACCCCCCAAGAACCUUCUGGAAGGGCUGUUCUGGAGCUGGGGGAGAGCCUCCCAGAGGAUAGAACAGGGACCACAGAUGAAGCACCUCUGGAAAUGGUAGCAGAGACUGUGGACAGCAUCAUGAGAAAGCAGCCCAUGGAGAAGCCACUGGCCACGCUGGACGCCACAGUCUCUGGAGAAACGGAGAUGCUUCCUGUUGGGAGCCUAAGGCCCAGCCCCCCGCAGCGGCCAACCAGCCUGGCCCUGGACAGUGUGGUGGUCCCCCUCAUGCCCAGCAGCACCUGUGAGGCCACGCAAGAGGACAAGGCGGGUGGCAGCCCCCGGGCUCCAGACAGGGCCGAGAGCCCCAGCGGCCCCACCCACAUCCAGCGGUACCAGCACCCCAACACCGAGCACCUUGCCACGGCCGUGGAGCUGUGGCGGGGCAAGAAGCUGGGGGCCAGUGGGCCCAGCGCCAUGCUGAGCCAGUCUCUGGACCUCAGUGACAAGCACCGGCCCCCGGGGGCUGCCAUCACGCCCACAGAGGAAAGGCGCAUCUCCUUGUCCACUAAUGACGUCUCCAAGCUGUCCCCUGCCAAGGCCCAGUCUUCCACUGAGAUGGAUGGGGAGCCGAGCACCAAGAAGGUGGUGAUCUACAAGAAGAAGUCGGGCGACACAUCCGCCGGCCCCGAUGCUGGGCUGUCCCCAGGCACCCAGGUGGACUCUAAAUCCACAUUUAAGAGACUGUUCCUGCAUAAAAACAAGGACAAAAAAUACAGCUUGGAUGUGGAGGAGAUGGAGGACGUGGCCUGUGGGCCGGCUGUCCUGGAAGCCACCAUGAAGAAGGAUCUAGAAGCCCCCUCCAGCCAGCAGCACCGGCCCGCAGGUGAGAGGCAUGGCAAGGAGGCUGGAGGCAAAGGGAAGAAGAACCGGAACCUCAAGAUCGGCAAAAUCACUGUGUCUGAGAAGUGGCGGGAAUCAGUGUACCGCAAGAUCACCAAUGCCAAUGAGCUCAAGUACCUGGAUGAGUUCCUGCUUAACAAAAUCAAUGACCUCCGCUCACAGAAGACCCCUAUUGAGAGCUUGUUCAUCGAGGCCACCGAAACAUUCAGGAGCAACAUCAAAACCAUGUACUCUGUGCCUAAUGGGAAGAUCCAUGUGGGCUACAAGGACCUGAUGGAGAACUACCAGAUCGUUGUCAACAACCUGGCCACUGAGCGCGGCGAGAAGGACACCAACAUGGUCCUCAACCUCUUCCAGUCCCUGCUGGACGAGUUCACUCGGGGCUAUACCAAGAACGACUUUGAGCCUGCUAAAGGCAAAGCUCAGAAGAAGAAGCGGAAACAGGAGCGUGCUGUCCAGGAGCACAAUGGGCACGUGUUUGCCAGCUACCAGGUGAGCAUCCCCCAGUCCUGCGAACAGUGUCUCUCCUACAUCUGGCUCAUGGACAAGGCGUUGCUAUGCAGUGUGUGCAAGAUGACCUGCCACAAGAAGUGUGUGCACAAGAUUCAGAGCUACUGCUCCUACAUGAGCGGGAGGAAGGCCGAGCACAGCGCCGAGUCGGGACACUUCGGCGUGUGCGUGGGCAGCCUGACCAGUGACAAAGCCUCAGUGCCUGUAGUGCUGGAGAAGCUUCUGGAACAUGUGGAAAUGCACGGCCUAUACACUGAGGGCCUCUACCGCAAAUCAGGCGCUGCCAACCGGACGCGGGAGCUCCGACAGGCGCUGCAGACAGACCCAGCCACGGUCAAGCUGGAGGACUUCCCCAUCCACGCCAUCACCGGUGUCCUGAAGCAGUGGCUGCGGGAGCUGCCCGAGCCACUCAUGACCUUUGCGCAGUACGGAGACUUCCUGCGCGCUGUGGAGCUGCCUGAGAAGCAGGAGCAGCUGGCCGCCAUCUACGCUGUCCUAGAGCACCUGCCCGAGGCCAACCACACUGCCCUGGAGCGGCUGGUCUUCCACCUGGUCAAGGUGGCCCUGCUGGAGGAUGUGAACCGCAUGUCGCCCGGGGCCCUGGCCAUUAUCUUUGCACCCUGCCUUCUGCGCUGCCCAGACACCUCGGACCCGCUGACCAGCAUGAAGGACGUCCUCAAGAUCACCAUGUGCGUGGAAAUGCUAAUCAAAGAGCAGAUGCGGAAGUACAGGGUGAAGAUGGAGGAGAUCAGCCAGCUGGAGGCGGCCGAGAGCAUCGCCUUUCGCAGGCUCUCACUCCUGCGGCAGAAAGCGCCUUGGCCUUUCAAACUGGGGUUCUCAUCUCCCUAUGAGGGGGUCCUGACCCGGAGCCCCAAGGCCCAGGCUGGCCCAGACGGCGGCCCAGAGGAGCUGCAGGCGCUGCGCGAGGAGGAGGCGGCCGGCGGUGAUGAGGACCGUGAGAAGGAGAUCCUCAUGGAGCGGAUCCAGUCCCUCAAGGAGGAGAAGGAGGACAUCACCUAUCGCCUGCCCGAGCUGGACCCGCGGGGCUCAGACGAGGAGAACGUGGACUCGGAGACGUCGGCCAGCACGGAGAGCCUGCUGGAGGAGCGCGCUGCGCGGGCGGCCGAGGAAGGGCCCCCCGCGCCUGCUCCCCCCCGCCCCGGCGCGCCCGCCCCGAGCCCCCUCCCCACGGAGGCCGCGCCCCCACGACGAAGGCCGUCAUCCUUCAUCACGGUCAGAGUGAAGAUGCCCCGGAGGACACCAGUCAUGCCCACGACCAACAUCAAGCUCCCGCCUGGCCUGUGCCCACACCUACCCGGCCAAGGGCCCGCCGCCGCCGCAGUGAGGCGCCGAGAGCCCCCCGCGCGCCGCCCGGACCAUGUGCACUCCGUGUAUGCCGCCGCCGGGCCUCACCUGCCCUCACAGGGUGCCCUGGAGCCGCUGAACGAGGAUGCUGAGGCCCCUGGCGCCCUCCGGAGGUACUCGGACCCCCCGAUGUACAGCCUGCCCCCCAACACCAGCCCGGCCAAUGGCUGAGACCACAGAGAGCUGAGUCUGCGAGGCCGAGGACAGCGUGCACUGCGGGCAGGCAUCCGGCUCUGAGGAUUCAGAAGGAAGCCACCAGGAGGCCGCGCCACAAGCAACCACGGGGAAGCAGGAGCCCGGCCACGGCAGGGCCACGCUCCUGAUCCUUUUUGUACGUUUUCACCGUAACUUUGUAUGUGGUUUACAUAAUUUUAAGUCAUACUCGCCUUAACAGAAGACCAAAUUGUCAUUUU